GCAAAUCAUUUUGAUCAAAAAUGGCGGAAACUGGAAUCUCAGAUGCUACAACAAAAUCGACCGAGCAACAAGAACAGAAACCCAAAAUGGAGCCGGAAGACGAUCAAAUAUCAGAAGCGUCGGAAAACACCGAAUCGCCGGCAGAAGAACCGAUCAAAUUCGAUCCAGAAACCAUGCGCACUACUAAACCUAAACUCAAGCGUCUCUUCCUCACUCUCACAGUCCUCUUCUCCUUCGUCCUAGGUUUACCUUUCUUAUGGAAAUCAGUAGAAAUCUACAGAUCAUCGUUACCAUUCGACGACAUGGAAAAACUCUCAAACGAAAUCCAAUCAAAUCCAUUACCGCUUCAUUUCCAAGCUGUUUUCAUCGCUUCACCGAACCCUAAUCUCAAUCGCCAUACCUUACACUCAUCUCUAUCAUCUCAAAUUACCAAACUAACCUCACAACAACAACAACAAACUAAUAAUGAUGCUAAUUUCACUCUCUCUGUUAGCAUUUGCAAUGCUGAUGAUCAUAACUUAUCUAGCUUAUGUGGAGCGCUUGCAGCCGUUGAUUUGAAGUUUGGUGAUGAUGAGAGUGUUGAUGAGGUUUUGCAGAGCGUUUUGAGUGAUAGUAGAGUGUAUACUGUUGUGGUGCAUGUGACGGGGGAGGAGGGGGUGACGGUUGUGGUGGGGAAGUAUCGGCAUGCGGUGGUUGUGGUAGGGAAGGAAGUGGAUAUUGAGGAGGCGGCGGUGGUGGAGAGAAUUGCGGAGGUGUUUGUGAAUGUGUUUGGUAAUGGAGGUAGAGAUGAAGGUUUUGUUCAUGAGGAGUUUAUGCCUGUUGGUUCCGAUGGAAGGAUUGUUUUGUCGUUUAAUUUGCUUAACUCGAAUCCGCACGAUUGGAUUUAUGAUUGGGAUUUUCAGAGAAUAGAUGAGACGUUAUUGGCUCCGGUGAUUGAAGCAUUGGCACCUAUAGCAAAUAUAAGCGUGGAAAGCCAAGUUCUGUACCAUACACCUAAGUCUACUUAUUCUUCCUGGGAUGACAAGCUGGACAGUUAUGUCUUUAAUGUUAAUGACCUUCCAUUCUUUGUGAACUCAAAUGAAUGGCACUUGGAUACUUCUACUGCAGCUGGUGGGCGAUCAAAGAUAUUGCAAUUUGUGGUAUAUGUACCAUCUGCUGAUGAAUGUCCUCUUCUUCUGAAGCUUCCAAAUGGACAAGUUUCUGCAACAAAUGGCUUCAUUUCCCCUAUGUGGGGAGGAGUUACAGUGUGGAAUUCCCCAAGCUGUUCAAAAGAUUCAGAAGGUGAGCUUCCCGAGAGGCAUAUGAUAUCUACUCAGGAACUUCAGAAGAUAUUUGAAGUUUUCAUGGGGCAAUUUCGGCAACUUUUUGGUCUCAAAUCUGGUAGUAUUUAUGUUGGUGCAUACGGCAGUUACAACCUCUUAUCUAGUGAAAGGGGCUUCACACAAUGGGAACUGGAUGUCUUGUCAAGGCAGCAUACUUAUUUUAAUCUUCACUCAAGCGCUACAACACUUGGAUCUCUGUCUAGAUUGGUUCAAUCUUUACCUAGAAUGAUCAUUACGGAUGAGAUAGGAAAGCAGGUAACAUUCUCACUUGAAUCAGCAAAACUAGCUCAAAGCAAUGCCUCUCUUGGAGUUUAUGAUGCCUCAGCUGUUUCCUCUAGGCAGGCGAGAUCUUUGGCAGAGGAUGCUUUUUUCCACCCUUCUAUUAUGUCUGUCAGCUACUACUCAUUUGAACAUUGUUUUGCUGUCUACUCGCCAUUCUUCCUUCCAGUUACAAUGCAUGUUGUGCUUGCAGCAGUAAGAGAAUUGAGUAGAUACAAGAAAGAAAAUGCCAAGUACUUGUUUUGGAAAGCUAAAGGAGAGCCAGCACUAUAGCAAGUCCCUUAGAGAUAGUAUAACGAUGACAGAAGAAAUUUUGUCCAAAGGAACUGCAUUUAGGAUAAUAUUUUUUGUUUCCAUUUUUGGCAGCUCAUUAGCUUGUAUACAUCAUGUCGAAAGUUCUCGGGUUCAAAAUUCGCGCUGUUUCCUUGCUUUAUUAUGCCUAUGAAGUAAUCAUUUUAUCUCAA